UCCACAUGAAUUAAAUAUAUAAGAUAUAUUUCAUUGUGAAAUGAAACAAACUGAGAGACGGAUUUGUGUUGAUAACAGUAAUGUGUAUUUUAUUCAUGUAAAAAUGAUGUUCGCUUUUGAAUGAAGUUAAUCCUGUGUGUAACUUUUUCAUUGUAAACUCUAAAUUAAGAAGAAAAGACAAAGAAAGUUUAAACGUGUGAAUGCCUGUGUGGCAUGUAUGCUAGGCAGGGCAGUAGCAGCAUUAUCUGGAAGAUCAGAGGCCACACACACACACACACACACACACACACGUACAUGCGCAUACACACAUCAUGCCCCGCAGGCUGUUUGCUGCGCUCUCUGCAGCUGACAGUAGUCCACACAUCCCCCUUUUAGUCACGGCAGCCCAAUUUAUGGCCAUUAUACAGCAUUAUAGAUUACAUCUACACAACUCAAUUUGUUGCCGAAAGAUAUGUGAUUGAGGGCACACAGACGCUGCGGAAGGCAGAAACGAAAACAACCUCAAAGAGUUAAGACUGAUUCACCAAAAGCAUGUUUGUUAAUGUUUGAUUCUUCAUCCAGUGAUUAUUAAGCAGAUUAAGCUAUAAAAAGAAACAUUACGAAGCAAAAACAUCCCGCUCAGAGUGGGCCUGGACCACCCAGAAUCAAAGAGUGAAUGAGUGAGUGCUUUAGUGAUCCCGCCCAGGGUUCAGGCGUGCACACACACACUGCCUGAGCCUUUUCCAGCCAUUCCAGCAUCAGAACAGCAGCAGCAGCAGCAGCAGCAGCAGAGGGGGUCUUCCACUCCACAACUCCACCAACACUUACUCUCGUUUUAGAACCGCACUUCACUUAAUCAACAGCCAUUUCUCUCAGUUCUGCUCAAAAGUGUCGUUCACACAGCAGCCAUCCUGGACCUUCAGCCAUGUUUGACAAUUCGCAGUAUCCCUAUAACUGCUUUAAUUAUGAUGGAGAUGGUUACCCGUCCUGUGGCAGCGAUGAAGGGAAGAAAGUGUGCCGACCAGCGUACAGUUAUAUUGCUCUGAUAGCCAUGGCUAUACAGCAGAGUCCAGAGAAUAAAGUUACUCUAUCAGGAAUCUACGAGUUCAUCAUGAAAAGGUUCCCUUAUUACAGAUCUAACCAGAGAGCCUGGCAAAACUCCAUCCGCCACAACCUCUCUCUCAACAGCUGCUUUAUAAAGGUUCCUCGCACUGAGGGGAAUGAGAAGGGGAAGGGAAAUUACUGGACUUUUGCCACAGGCUGUGAGUCCAUGUUGGACCUCUUUGAAAACGGCAACUUUCGCCGCCGUCGUCGCCGACGCAACAUAAAGCUGGGCUUCAGGGAGCCGUCCGAAGCUUUCGGGGCCAUGGACGCUCAGCAGAGUGUGGCGGGGCGGCCGCCUGAUCCCGACUCAUUCUGCCCGGAACCCUCGAACCACAGGGUCACCCAUGGCAACCCACCGCUCAGCAAGCCUGAGCCUGAGAUCAAAUUCAGCAUUGACUACAUCCUGUCAACUCCAGACCCCUCUCCGGGCUUUAGACCUCCACACAGUGGCCCUGCAGGAGCAGUCGUCCACCACCUGGAGCCACAGCAGCUCAACCUGCACUUCUGGACCCUCUAA